CUGCAACCUGUUAGGUAAUCAUACUUGGUCCAAGCCUCGCAAGAUAACUUCUAUUAACAAAUAAAAAGCUUAUCAAGCCUUCUCCUCAUUAUCUGCUAAGAAUUUUGAAAAAUGCCAUUUUCCGUGAAAGAACAAUUCAAGGAAGCUCCAGAAACCUGGGACAUUAAUAUAUGUGAGACUUGUUACAAAACUCCGAAAAACUUCUUUUGGGCUUUUUUUUGUCCUCCAUGUGCCCAGUUUUAUCAAAGAAAAAGAAUACUUGGAGGCGACCUUGAGCGAUACACCUGCUGUGGAGGCGAAAUUUGUGCACCCUGCAUUUCUUGGACUGAUGGUUUGGUGAAAAAAGCACCAGAAUGUUGCUUGUGCACGGAAAUAUUGUGCUGUUUUUAUUGCUCUGUUGGAGCCAGUAGGAUAAUGCUGCAGAGAAAGUUCCAUAUAAGGAACACGAAAUUUGAAGAUUUUUUAUUGAUACUGGCCUUCAUUCUUUCUUAUGUAGUUAUGAUUCUAAGCAUCUUCUUUCCGAUUCCAAGAGAAGUUGACUGCCUCAUUGAUUGCUUUUACUGCUGCCUAUUUUCGUGCUUUCAAUCGCAACAAGAACAUGAGCUUGACGUGAGAGAAGAUCGUCAAAAGAGUUUUAAGCAUAAAGAAGCUAAUUCAGGAAUUGAACAAGUUUAAAAGAAAAUUUUA